GUCCGCUUCCAUCCGAAGCCCGCGGAGAACAAAUUACAACUCCUCUUCCUCCGCAGCCAUAGUAGUAGCAGCGCCGUCUCCGCCACAACCCGGAGACACCCCUCGCGCGCUCCUUCCUCCUCUGCCCUUCUUCCUCAGCUGUAUAAAUAAUCCACAAACUGCUGCGUUGCGGUUGUUCGUGGUGCUUCCGCGGGCACGUGCGUCUUCGAGUUUGCUGAUGUUCAUCUAAUAGACCGUGGGGAGGAUUCAGAAUCCUCCGCGGAGAACCGGAGAUCGGACUUCGGAUCACUUGGUUUACUGGUCACGAUACUAAAACAGCAAGAUGGUUAACUUUGGAAAGAAGUUGAUGGCAGAUCAAGUGGAAGAAUGGAAAGAGUACUACAUUAAUUAUAAAUUGAUGAAGAAAAUGUUGAAGAAAUACGUUCAGCAGACCCAAAUCGGUGGCAAAGAUUGUGAGCAAGUACUUAAGGAUUUCUCAAGGGUCCUUGAUGAUCAGAUUGAAAGGAUUGUGCUUUUUAUGCUACAACAACAAGGCUACCUCGCUAGCAGGAUUGAGGACUUGGGAGGACAGCGCGCUGCUAUUCUGGGACGGGUUGAUACAUCAAUAGUUUUUAAACUUCGUGAGGAUUAUAGAGAAGUUGGGAGAGAUCUCGUAAAGCUUCUCCGCUUUGUUGACAUGAAUGCUACCGGUCUAAGAAAGAUACUAAAGAAAUUUGAUAAGCGCUUUGGAUACAAGUUCACAGAUUAUUAUGUCACGACUCGUGCAAACCAUCCUUAUUCUCAGCUUCAGCAAGUCUUUAAGCAAGUGGGAAUUGUAGCCGUUGCAGGUGCUUUAUCACGCAACCUUGCAUAUCUGGAAGAUGAGCAUCGAGGAAGCUUUUUAUCCAUCUAUGAUAAUCCAUCAGUAGUGUUGAAGGACCCCAUCAUAGACCAAGUAAAUCGUGCAGUGCAGAAACUCACACACGCGACGAAUUUUAUGCAAUACCUAGGACAACAUGCACUUAUCGUACAAGAUGACACACAGAGUGGAUCUGAGGAUCUUGAGAAGGAUGAGAGCUACCAUUUCAUGUCUCUGUUGCUUAACCUAGUGAACACCUUUCUUUACAUGGUGAACACAUAUAUCAUCGUGCCGACUGCAGACGACUACUCAGUGAGCCUUGGAGCUGCCGCGACGGUUUGUGGCAUAAUCAUUGGAUCAAUGGCAGUUGCACAAGUGUUCUCUUCGGUUUACUUCAGUGCAUGGUCCAACAAGUCAUACUUCAGACCUCUCGUGUUCAGUAGCAUUAUGCUAUUCUUUGGGAACCUGCUAUAUGCAUUGGCAUAUGACAUGAACUCACUGAUAGUUCUCCUGAUUGGCCGGAUACUAUGUGGAUUAGGUUCUGCAAGAGCUGUGAACCGUCGGUAUAUCAGCGACUGUGUACCUCUGAAGAUCAGGCUACAAGCCUCUGCAGGAUUCGUCAGUGCAAGUGCUCUUGGAAUGGCUUGCGGCCCUGGCCUUGCUGGUUUUCUUCAGACAAAAUUUACAAUAUACUCGCUCACUUUUAACCAGAGCACAUUACCUGGAUGGGUCAUGUCCAUUGCCUGGCUUCUUUACUUGGUGUGGCUGUGGUUUUCAUUCAAAGAGCCAGAACACUUCGCCAAGGCUGCAGUCAGUACACCGCCUUCUGAAUCUAGUCAUCAAGAAAGUGCUAAUUUGGAGGAAGGCCUAGCACAACCUUUACUUCAAGAUUCAGAUGAGAGGAUGGACGAGAACGCAGAGGAUAAUGAUGAUAAUGAAGAGACUGAAAAUUCCCAUGCACCAGCAACAUCAUUUGUUUCAGCAUAUAAAUUGCUGACACCGUCUGUGAAGGUCCAGCUAUUGAUAUACUUUAUGCUCAAGUAUGCGAUGGAAAUUUUGCUCUCUGAAUCAAGCGUCGUCACCACAUACUAUUUUAACUGGAAUACAAGUGCUGUGGCUAUCUUUCUAGCGAUUCUAGGGUUGACUGUUCUUCCAGUCAAUGCCGUUGUUGGGAGCUACUUUACAAAUUGGUUUGAGGACAGGCAAAUUCUGGUGGCAUCUGAAAUCAUGGUUCUCAUUGGCAUAAUCAUGAGCUUCCGUUACACACCACACUACUCCGUGCCACAAUACGUCUCUUCUGCUCUCAUCACAUUCGUGUUCGCAGAGGUGCUCGAAGGAGUCAACCUGUCCCUGCUUUCACGAGUCAUGUCAUCGAGGCUCUCACGAGGAACCUACAACGGCGGCCUCCUCUCGACGGAGGCCGGGACGCUAGCCCGAGUGGUCGCUGACGCCACGAUCACCGCGGCGGGUUAUCUAGGCCCGGACCUCCUCCUGAACGUCACCCUGUUGCCACCCCUCGUGAUCUCCAUAGUCUCCAUUGUGGCCACGUUCUGCACGUACAACACUCUCUACUGAGGAGGCAGGCAGGCCUUUCUACAGCACACUGUACAUCCUGUCAAUAUGGUUCCUGCCCACAUUGGGUUGUGCUAUUUGAAGUAGCAGCUGUUUAUUUAGGACUGUAGUUUUCAAUAAACGGUGUAAAAAUUGUCAUCGAUGCAGGUGUAAUGUACGAAGUAGCUGAUGCAUCGCGUGUAGAUGCAAAGUUGUUCAGAUUUGUCUCCCUGAACCUGCAAAUUUUCACAUGUAUUGUGGAUUGUGCACAUCUCAGUUUGCGUUGGAUUGGAAAUGCAGCAUGGGCAAGUAGUCAUGUCGA